CUCACAUCAAAACCCUAAAACCCCCCUAAACCAUUCUUCUUCUUCGAAGCUCGAAGCUAAAACCCUAACAUGGCCUCAGCUUCAUCGAUGUAGAGAUCGAAUAUCGCCACAACAAUCUCCAUGGGCGAUCUCCUCAAAAACCACACCUUCGCCGCCCACGCCGCCGCAUCCUCCGCCGCCGUCGCCGCCGCCGCCUCCGCCACCCACCCCCUCGACACCCUCAAAACCCUCCUACAGGUUGGUGCGGGGCCUAAACAGCAAUUGGGUCUCUCUCAGGUGUUGGAAAGGAUCAAAUUAGUAUCAGGUGUUGCAGGUCUUUACAGUGGGCUCGGAUGGUCAAUUAUUGGUAAAAUUUCAGGAUUAGGAGCGCGGUUUGGAGUUUAUGAACUUUUAACUGCCUUUUAUAAAGAUGGAAGGGAAGACAACUAUGUAUAUGUCUCUGAAGCUGCUUUGGCUGGUGUAGCGGCUGGUGCUGUGGAAGCUAUUGCAUGCACCCCAUUCGAACUCCUUAAGCUUCGUGAACAGGUUUCUUCAGCUUCACGCUUGAAAACUGUGGGACCUGUUAAGGUUAUGCAAGAAGCAACUCCGCUAAUUUCAAAACUUCUACCCAGUUAUACUCCUGAUCUGAAAGCAUGGAACAAUACCGUUAGUCUUUUAUCGACCCUCUCACCAAAACAUCCAGAUUUGAUUGGUGCACUGAAACAGUACCCAUGGAUGUUGACUGGGUCGGGGAGACCUCCACUAGCUUCUGAUGUUAAAGGCGCGUCCAAUAUAAUGUCUUUGGAAGGUUGGAGUGCUUUGUGGAGGGGACUUCGACCCGGGGUAGCUCGAGACUGUGUUUACGGUGGUGCUUUCUUUUCUACUUGGCAGUUCAUUCACAUAGCAAUGCUCAAUUGGAAGGCUCUUGAUAUAAACCCUCCACCCAGGUCAAUUGAUGACGUAGGUCCUGCAUCUCCACUGGCUUCUAGUCUAGCUGCUGGCUUUUCCGGAGCGAUAGCUGCUGCUUUGUCUCAUUCGUUUGACACAGCCAAAACUCGCUCUCAGUGCAUUGUUAUCCCUAAGUAUAUCAUGAUGGAGAGGAAACUGCUCAAGUGGACAGCACCUGGAAUAUGGAUAGAGAGAGUGACGGGGAUGUCUCCUGCAGAUCGAAACAUCAUGUUUCGCGGUUUUUGGUUACGAGCGGCACGCAGUGGGAUCGCAUCGUUUGUGCUCGUCGGAAGCUACUAUUUAGCUGUCGACCAUUUACUUUAAGUUAUGUUGUUUUCUGUUACGAACGGCAUGCGGUGGUAUCGCAUCAUUUGCGCUCAUCAGAAGCUACUAUUUUGCCGUCGACCGUCUCCUUCAAUUUCUGUUCUUUCAGUUCUUGACUGAAAGUUUGAAGAACUGAGAGAUAGACAGAUCAGUGGCUGAAGUAAACUACAAAGACAUUCUUUAAGGUUCUUCGCUGUAUAAUUUUUGCAUCGACUUCUUCGACUUAUCAGGGGGCGUGGGAUGUGAAUGUCUGAUGAUAUCGGAAGUUAGCACCAGAUGUAGAUCAUUUAUUUUGCAUUUUUGUUUAUGAAGCUGUUAAGCAUUCGGAAACUAACUGUGUAUAAAGAAUUUGUUUCCACAGGCUAUGCGACGUUUGUUAGAAAUUUUGACAGUACUGUUGAACAGUUCAUAAUGCAAAGUUUUUUUUUGCAGAACUUAUAUUGUGGUUUGCUAAAAAUUGAAUGAAAUAUGAAACAUGUUUAUGCA